CUAAAAAAUAUAUUUUACCUUAAAUAUGUGUUGAUUAGUAUACAUUAUGGCCUGCUUUAUCACCUGUUGCUUAUCUUGGGAAACAGGCCCAGCACAGAUAGAUGACCUGUGGGUUAUUGAUGGCUGCUCUAUUGUUGUGCUCGGAGUCCCACUGGUCAGAGUGUGGGAACCCCAGCGCGGCCUGAGACACACGGCUUUGUUAUGCUAAUGCACGUCUAUAAAACUCGGAGCGGACGCUUUGCACGGACUUCACAGCCAGCGGAACUGUCCUGGAAGAAGCUUCUCUGUAUCUGCUUGGAAAGACAUGGCUCCUUGCUCCUCGAGUGACUCCUUCAUGCAGCCUGCCAGGAUCUCAGAGAGAGACAACAUCAGAUUGAGAAAGCCCAUGGUGGAGAAACUGCGGCGAGAUCGCAUCAACACCUGCAUCGAGCAGCUCAAGAUCAUCCUGGAGAAAGAGUUCCAACUACAAGAGCCCAACUCCAAGCUGGAGAAAGCAGACAUCCUGGAGAUGACUGUCAGCUUCCUGAGGCAGCAACUGCAAAAGCGGCAUCAGCAUCAGCAUCAGUCCACCUCCAGCAGCGAUGGCGGCGACUUCAGGCAAGGCUACUCUCACUGCUGGAGGGACUCUUUGCACUUCCUCUCCGCACAGCAGCAGAUGAUCCAGAAAAGCUCCUCUCCAGUGUGCUCCCCCAGCAGAGGAACCAGGCUGCAGGAGAGCGGCAUGUGGAGGCCUUGGUAGACUCACCAUGACACCUCUCCUCACUUUUUGUGAAAUAUGCAUUUCCCUCCUUGCUCCUUAACAUCAUAUUGAUGGACACAAAUAGUGACGGCUCUCGCUCAUUUUCCAUGUUUCUUCCUUGCAAUGACUAAGUAUCCAUUUUACCUUUUUUUGUAUUUAAAAGAUGUUUGUGCGUGAUGAUGGUUUUUACUCCAGUGGAGUUUAUUGCCUUGCUGGAUGUAACAGUGUAUCUCUGACCUAUCCUGUUGUCCUGACAGCCCCGUGUUGAGAAUAUUUCUCUCCUUAUUUUUGGAUGCCAAAUUACGUGUGUGUGUGUGUGUAUGUAUGUAUGUAUGUGUUUGUGUGACGAUACCGGUAAUACCGUUUUUGCUAUGACAUUUACGCUCUUAAAAACAAAUUUUG